AUGGCACCUUUCCUUCAAGCGGCCACUGAGGCUGUCGGAGCCGGUACCGUUCCCGUCUCCAAGGCCGGCGUUCAGUCUCCAAGCGUGACCCUCGAUCACGACAAUGUUCCAAAACCUGUGGCGGACGACUUCAUGUACGACUUCAAGUAUAAUCACAAACUGCCCACUACCGACAUUUUGGGUGUUGGGAUCCCUAAUGAUUGUAAUGCUCAGAAGCAGGCGGAGGAAAUCAUGGCCCGUCUAUCUAAAGCCACAUUAGAGGCAGAUGCUCAGGCUUUUGCUGGGCUGUUUCUUGACUAUGGCGUUUGGCGUGACAAGCUCUCAUUUACCUGGGACUUCCGCACAUUCAACUUCCGAGAGGCUAUUUUAAAAGCCGCCACUGAUCUUUUGCCUCAAACAAAGGCUAGAAACUUCAACUUGAUCAACCCUGCACCUGCUGUGUCUCGCCCUUAUGACGACUUCGCCCAGCUUCAAUUUGUGGUAUCUUUUGAGACUGAAGUGGUCCUUGCUUCAGCCGUCAUCAAUGCUGUCCUCACUCAAGAUGGCUGGAGAAUUUACACGAUGCACACUGUUGCCGAGAGCCUCAAGCAAUUCCCCGACCAGGCCCCACAAGAUGGACACAUGGUCGGUAUUACUAGCUGGGAGAGCCAGAGGUCUGAGGCCAUUAACACAGUUAAUCCUGAGGUAUUAAUCAUUGGUGGUGGUCAAAAUGGUCUUGCUAUGGCAGCACGCUUGAAGGUUCUCGGUAUGAGCAGCCUCAUUAUCGAACGCAGCGACGAAGUUGGAGAUAUCUGGAAGAAGCGCUAUGAAUAUCUCUCACUUCACUUCCCACACUGGCCUGAUGCCUUGCCAUACUUCAAAUACCCACAGCAGUGGCCCACAUAUACCCCAGCUCAGAAGCAGGGUCUAUACAUGAAGUGGUAUGCCUCCGCCCUCGAGCUUAAUGCCUGGACCAAGUCAGAAGUUGUCAAGGCCGACCAGGACGCCGACGGUAACUGGACAGUCAUAGUCAACAAGGAGGGCAAGGAGACUCGAACACUACACCCUAAGCAACUCAUCAUGGCUACAUCACUAUGCGGCCUACCCUCCACGCCAGCCGUGCCCGGUAUGUCUGAUUUCAAGGGCGUGAUCCGUCACUCCAGCGAACACAAGAGUGCCCGUGAGUUUGUUGGAAAGAAGGUCUGUGUCGUCGGUACCUCGUCCUCGGGCUUUGACACGGCCUUCGAGUGCGCCCGUCUGGGAAUCGAUGUAACCCUCCUCCAGCGGUCACCGACGUACGUCAUGUCCUUGACUCAUUCUGUUCCGCGCAUGCUUGGAGGGUAUGCACCUGACAAGAAUGGCAACCUCCCCGAUACCGAGACACAGGAUCGUCUCAACUUCUCCAUGCCGGUGGGACCGGGCGAGGAACUCGCCAAGCGUACGGCGAAGGACCUUGAAGAGCUUGACAGACCGCUUCUCGAAGCUCUCAACGCACGAGGUCUGCGAACAUGGCGCGGCCAGCGCGAUACUGGUAACUCCACAUUAGGUCAGACCCGGAACGGCGGAUUCUACUUUGAUGCUGGUGCUUGCGACGAGAUUAUCAAUGGGAACAUCAAAGUGGAGCCAGGCUUUAUUGAGAAGUUCACCGAAGAUAAGGUGGUGCUAAAUGGCGGCCGGGAGAAGGAAUUCGACCUGGUCGUCUUUGCUACCGGAUUCUCAAACACUAUUGACUCUAUUCGAAACACUCUUGGUGAGAAGAUUGCCAGCCAAUGCGGACCCAUUUGGGGUAUUGAUGAGGAAGGCGAAUACAAGACGGCUUACCGGGAGACGGGAGUUCCCAACAUGUGGAUCAUGGUUGGCUUCCUUCCGAUGACUCGGUAUGCCUCUAGACUGUUGGCUUUGCGUUUGAAAGCUCUCAAGGAGGGUGUUUCUCCGGCACCUUACAAAGCUUAG